AUGGCAGACCGACCCACCGAAUUCGACUACAUUGUCGUCGGCGGAGGCACGGCAGGCGUUCCCAUCGCUUCUCGCCUAUCUAGCUAUCUUCCCUCCUCCCACAUCCUUCUUCUGGAGGCCGGCCCCAAUGCCAUCUCGCACCCAAAAGUCACCGAGCCAUCGACAAUCUUCGAACUCAUUCCCGAGGGCCUGCUAGUUGAUUACUCUACAACCCCACAAAAGCACUGCAAUAAUCGGCAAAUAGUCAACCUAGCGGGUCGUAUGCUAUCAGGGAGUUCGGGCGCCAAUGUGGGUGUCUGGAUGCGUGCCAGUUCGACGGAUUAUGAUCUCAUUGCUGAACGCGCGGGGCAUGAGAGGUUUUCGUUCAAGGAGAUGGUGAAAUACUUCAAGAGAGCGGAGACGUGGUGGGAUGCUGGGGCUGACAGCGAAUAUCAUGGAUUCGAGGGGCCGCUGCACACAGUGGGUGGAAGAAAGUAUCCGCUGCGACCAUUUAUCCAAAAAGCGGUGGAACAAUUAGGGUACAAGUAUAACCCGGAUGCUGCGAAAGGGGACCCAUCCGGUUUGGUGGAGAUGACUCAGUGCUUUCGGGCGACGUCCGACUCGAGCUCGGAGAGGCAGCAUAGCGCGCGGGUGUAUGAUCUAACGAAGGUGGAUGUUCGUUGCGAAUCUCCUGUCGCAAAAAUCCUGCUUGACGAGGAGAAGCGCGCGACGGGUGUGGAGCUAGUAUCUGGAGAGCGACUGUUCGCUAGGAAGGAGAUCAUUGUGUCUUGUGGAGCGCAGAGAACGCCGCAGUUGUUGAUGCUUUCUGGAAUUGGGCCGCGCGACGAGCUCGAAAAGCAGGAGAUUCAAGUCCAGAUCGAUGCUCCUUUGGUGGGAAAGAACCUCUUCGACCACGCAUGCAUUACGCAAUACUACAAGCUCAAGGACCCAUCGAAAGGCUUUGCACUCCCAUUCGAAGGUACCAUGCGUCCCGAAUACGGCCAGGGCUUUCCUUGGGAAUUCAAUCUCUUCUCACAUAUCUCGCCGUCGCGAUUGGCGCCGGUUCUCGCUGCAGAUAAGGAGAAGGCCAUAGUUGGGACGGAUGGAGAGCAACAUCCACAUUUGAGAGACAGAAGAUGUCACAUCAUGCAUCUCCCCUUCUAUUUCCCAAUCCUUGCAAACAUGAACCAGUACAAUCCGGAUGUUGUGAUUGGAGACGGGAAACACAUUGCCAUCACAGCACUCAGCCUUCUUCCACUCUCCCGAGGCACCGUUACACUUCGUUCGUCAAACCCCACUGACACUCCUGUUUGCGACCCCAAAUUCAUGUCAACGGAAUCAGAUCGGUUCAUACUGCGUACGGCUAUCCGUACAACGCUUGCACUCGUAUCUACGCCGCCUUUCGCUGAUGUUUUGGAUGGAGAAACGCCGCCUGCGGACUCAAGGUUCCCGGCACUGACGAUGGAGAGCACGGAUCAGGAAAUCGACGAAAGAGUGAAAGAACACAUGCAGACAAUCGCUCAUCCUAUGGGGACAUGUGCUUUAGGCGAUGUGCUGGACAGCGAGUUUCGGGUACGACGGGUGAAAGGCGGGAAUCUGAGGGUUUGCGAUGCAAGUGUAUUCCCAGAGCCUCUGGGAGGAAUGCCCUCAUGUACGAUCUAUGCGCUAGCGGAACUCUGUGCUGACUUGAUAGCUGGAAGAUCGUGA